AUGCUUCCUACCCUUCAGUCUGCCAUUCCCGCCUUGUUCCUUUGGUUGACCAUCCCCUCCGUGCCAUCCGUGUUCUCCCACUCGCACGCGCCCAUGCGCGUUCUCCCAGUCGGCCGCGCCCAUGCCGCGUUCUCCCAUUCGCACGCGCCCCGCCGCAUUCUCCCGUUUGCAUGCGCCCUGUCGCGUUCUCCCAUUUGCACGCGCCCUGCUGUAUUCGUGCCUCCUCACCUCCUCAUGCCCCCUCUUUCAAUCUCCUUGCCUCAUGUCCUCGCCUCCCUUGCACCUCCACGCAUCUCCCUCUCGACCCUUCCUUCCUUGUGCCUCUGCGGAUUCCCCCUCACGUCCCGUCCUACUGUGCGCCUCUUCUCUUUCGUCCCUUCCUCGCGUGCACGUCACCCUAUGACCCCUCUCGUCCAUUCCUCCCUUGAGCCUUCCAGCUCUAGUCCCUCCCCGCGUGCAUGUCGUCGUAUGGCCCCUCUCUUCCAUUCCUCCCUUGCGCCUCCUUUCAUUCCAGAUCUCCUCCCUUCCCCACGUGCACGUCGUCGCAUGACCCCACUCGUCCCUUCCUCCCUUGCACAGUCGCCUUCCCCCCUCUCCUCCCUUCCUCCCUCAUGGCCCCUCCCCCAAGGCAGCUAG